ACACACACACACACGCACGCACACACAAACGCACACACACUGAGCCUCCCCCCCUGUGUUUCAGAUGGCGGUGUCUCAGAUCACCCCCUCUCUCUUCCUGGGGGGGGCGGAGGCGGCCCUGAACGCACCGCUGCUCUCUAUGAAAGGCGUCACGCUGGUGGUGAACGCCACGCUGAGCCACGCGGGCCCCACCCUCCAGGGGGUGGAGUUUGUUCGCAUCCCUGUGCCCGACCUACCCUGCGCGCGCCUCGGGGAUCACUUCGACCGCGUGGCCGACCGUAUCCACGGCAACCGCGCGGGCAGCACGCUCGUGCACUGUGUGGCGGGGAAGAGCCGCUCGCCCGCGCUGGUGAUGGCGUACCUGAUGCGUUACCGCGCGGUGACGCUGCGGCAGGCGCACCGCUGGGUAAUAUCAAGAUAAAACAGAAGUGAAAAGUGAAAUAUAUAGAUCU